AUGGCGGAACACGACGCUGCCGCCAAUGCAGUAGCAGCACAAGGACCACGGAAGGAGAUUUACACAUACAAAGCACCAUGGAGUGUAUUUGCAAUGGGGUGGAGUAGAAGGCAACAUGCAGCUUCACCGUUUCGUCUAGCGAUUGGUUCUUAUGUCGAACAGUAUUCAAAUGUGGUUUCCAUCAUUCACAAGAAUCCCAAUUCGGAUGAUCCCAGCACAUCGCUGUACAAGGCUGCAGAGUUUGAUCAUCCAUAUCCUUGCACCAAAUUAGGCUGGUCUCCAGAUUUAGCACCCGGAGCCCCCGAUCUACUUGCCACGACUGGAGAUUACCUGAGGCUGUGGAGUGUAUCACGGGAAACAGAUGCUUCUGGAAGAUCCGAAGUCAAGAAGGAAGCCGUGUUGAACAAUAACAAGACGAGUGAAUACUGUGCACCUCUGACAUCUUUUGAUUGGAAUGAAGCAGAUCCGACGGUACUGGGGACUUGUUCGAUUGAUACAACGUGUACGAUUUGGGAUGUUACGACUCAGUCGCCCAAGACUCAACUGAUUGCACAUGAUAGGGAAGUCUUUGAUCUAGCCUUUUCCCGAGGGAAAGAUGUCUUUGCUUCUGUGGGUGCUGAUGGGUCUGUACGGAUGUUCGAUUUGCGAAGUCUGGAGCACUCAACGAUCAUCUAUGAAUCCCCUGGUUUGGACCCUCUCUUAAGAAUUGAAUGGAACAAGCAAGAUCCCAAUUAUUUGGCUACGUUCUGUUUGGAAUCGAAAAAGACUGUCAUUCUGGAUGUUCGGGUUCCAAGUAUUGCUGUAGCAGAGCUCGGUGGACACUUUGCUUGCGUUAAUUCUGUGGCAUGGGCACCGCAUUCAUCUUGUCACAUUUGUACGGCAGCUGACGAUUCACAAGCACUGAUAUGGGACUUGAGUACUAUGCAAAAGAGACCUGUGGAAGAACCCAUUUUGGCGUACAAUGCGAAUGGAGCCAUUAACAAUCUUCAGUGGAGUACCAGCCAACCAGACUGGAUUUCAAUAGGAUACGACGACAAGUUGCAGAUAUUGCGCGUUUGA